CGGCAGAGAGAGAGAGGAGGACUAUCCACCAGGACGGAUCCCAGAGAGAGAGAGAGAGACCAGGAGGACUAGAGAGACCAGGAGGACUUCACCCUGCCUGACCGAACCCCAAACAGAGACCUCGAGUGAGGUGUCACCCCACAACCAGAACCCCAAACCCGGUGGCCUCCACCCCUCAACCGGCAGGAUGAGUCUGGACGAGGACACACGCUGGCUGGAGUGGGUCACCAAACAGUUUGAGGCCAUCGCUGGAGAGGAUAAGGAGAUCGACCUCGAGGAGUUCAAGACCGCCCUCAAGGUCAAAGAGUCGUUCUUUGCCGAGCGGUUCUUCGCUCUGUUCGACUCCGACGGGAGCAGCUCCAUCAGUCUGGACGAGCUGCUGGGCGCGCUCAACCUGCUGAUCCACGGCAGCGAGGCCGACAAGCUGAGGUUCCUCUUCCAGGUCUACGACGUGGAUGGCAGCGGCUCCAUCGACCCUGACGAGCUGCGCACCGUGCUGAAGUCCUGCCUGCGGGAGAGCGCCAUCUCGCUGCCAGAGGAGAAGCUGGACGACCUGACGCUGGCGCUGUUUGAGUCGGCAGAUAAGGACCGCAGCGGAGCCAUCACCUUCGAGGAGCUCAAGGCCGAGCUGGAGAACUUCCCCGAGGUCAUGGAGAACCUCACCAUCAGCGCGGCCAACUGGCUGAAGCCCCCCGAGGCAGAGGAGCGGCGGCGGCAGGCCCCCCGCUACCUGACGCGGGCCUACUGGCAGAACAACAGCCGCAAGCUGUCCUUCCUCAUGGCCUACGCCCUCCUCAGCCUGCUGCUGUUCAGCUCCGCCCUGCUGCACCACCGCGGGGGUGGGGUCUGCUACAUGGUGGCCAAGGGCUGCGGCCAGUGCCUCAACUUCAACUGCACCUUUGUCAUGGUUCUGAUGCUGCGCCGCUGCCUCACCUGGCUGCGGGCCACCUGGUUGGUCCGCGUUCUUCCUCUGGACCAGAACAUCCUGCUGCACCAGAUCGUCGGCUAUGCCAUCCUGGUCUUCACCGUGGUGCACACCAGCGCACACAUCCUCAACUUUGCCCACCUGUCCCGGCACUCGGGCUACAGCCUGUGGGAGUACCUGCUGACCACGCGGCCGGGCGUGGGCUGGGUGCGCGGCUCGGCCUCCCUGACGGGUGUGGUGCUGCAGCUGCUCAUCGGCAUGAUGGUGCUCUGCUCCUCCACCUUCGUCAGGCGCAGCGGACACUUCGAGGUGUUCUACUGGUCCCACCUGUCCUAUGUGUGGGUCUGGUCCCUUCUCGUCGUCCACUGUGCCAACUUCUGGAAGUGGUUCCUGGUCCCGGGUCUGGUGUUUCUGCUGGAGAAGGUCCUGGGCCUGGCCUUCGCCCACAUGGGCGGCCUCUACAUAGUGGAGGUCAACCUGCUGCCCUCCAAGGUGACCCACCUGGUGAUAAAGAGGCCCCCGUUCUUCACCUUUAAACCCGGGGACUACCUCUACAUCAACAUCCCGGACAUCGCUACGUACGAGUGGCACCCCUUCACCAUCAGCAGCGCGCCCGAACAGUCUGACACCCUUUGGCUCCAUAUCCGCUCGAUGGGCCAGUGGACAAACCGUCUGUUUGAGUUCUUCAGGCAGCCGGAGACACUGGCUUCCAGCCCCAAGAGGCUGGCCACCAGCCUCCGCAACAAGAGGCAGCUGGUCCAGACCCAGGAGCAGAAUUUCUGGGCCACGGUCUCCAACGGCACCGUGGCAACCAAUGAGGACGAGGCUGUGGAGCUGACCAUGUACCGUCAGAGGAGCUCCGGAGCUGCUGCCUCAACGGGGGCAGAGGUUCCCCCUGGGGUCCAGGCGGCCCAGGGGGAAGAGGGAGCCCAGGGGGAAGAGGGAGCCCAGGGGGAAGAGGGAGCCCAGGGGGAAGAGGGAGCCCAGGGGGAAGAGACCCGGACCCAAGACCAGCUGGACCACGUGGAGAAAGGAGAGGGACCACAUCUGAGAGAGAUCCCAGCCAAACUGGGGGACAACCACCAGCUCUGCAACAUCAAGUGUUAUGUUGAUGGGCCGUACGGAACGCCCACCAGACAGAUAUUUGCGUCAGAGCACGCUGUGCUGAUCGGGGCAGGGAUUGGCAUCACCCCCUUUGCCUCCAUCCUCCAAAGCAUCAUGUACAGGUAUCGGAGGAGGAAGCAGAAUUGUCCGAACUGCAGCUACUCCUGGUGUGAAAACAUAAUAGACAGCGAUAUGAAGUUACGGAAGGUGGACUUCAUCUGGAUCAACCGAGACCAGAAGUCCUUCGAGUGGUUUGUCAGUCUGCUCACUAAACUGGAGAUGGACCAGGCUGACGAAGAGCCAGAGGGCCGCUUCCUGGAGAUGCACAUGUACAUGACGUCAGCACUCAGCAAGAACGACAUGAAGGCCAUCGGCCUCCAGAUGGCGCUGGACCUGCUGGCCAAGAAGGAGAAGAGAGACUCCAUCACCGGGCUGCAGACCAGGACCCAGCCCGGCCGACCCGACUGGGCCAAGGUGUUCCAGAAGGUGUCUGAGGAGAACAAGGGGAAGGUCCACGUGUUCUACUGCGGUGCUCCGGCGCUCGCCAAGACCAUCAAGGCCCAGUGUGAGCACUUCGGCUUCCACUUCUACAAGGAGAACUUCUGAAGCACGCGCUGUUGUUCCUUCUUUUUGUGCGUGUGAUUGUGUGUGUGUGUGUGUGUAUGUGUGUGUGUCUGUGUGUGUGCGCGUGUGUGUGUGUGUGUGUGUGUGUGUGUGUGUGUGUGUGUGUGUGUGUGUGUGUGUGUGUGUGUGUGUGUGUGUGUGUGUGUUAUACUUCUGCAUGGAACCCUAUCUUACACAUGUAUUGAACAUAAAAAAGCGUAUACACAAGGUAUAUAUAUCCAUGGAAAGUGUGUACGAUAUGUAAGAUAUGGAUGUGUGGCUGCCGAUCAGUUGGUUUUGGUGAUGUCUUGUGUUUAGUAAAGAGUAGGAUGGGUUUAACCACUCAACUGGUCUGUGAAUCUCACGACAGAACUUAAUUAACUCAGCUUCUCUCAACUGAACUUUGAACUGUAAUGUACUUGAUACCGAACAGAACUUUAUUUAACUCUGUGUCAUAAAUCUUCAUUUAACAGAACUCUAUGUAACUGAACUUUAAUAAAUGUUGUUUUACUAAACAA